UGUAAUUAUUAACAGAGAAUUGUGCACUGACCAGGUGAAAUGUUGACACACUUUCUCGAGAACAUCAAUAUCCAAGUAUUGGCCCCCAUUUUGCUGGUGAAUGUGGAGCUUUUCACAAGAUUUGGGUUCACCUGGAGCUUUAGAACAUGGACAGAAAGUGUGUUCCAUCCGUAAUGUGGAUAAUUCUACUUUACUCUUUCAUCACCGCUGUUCACUGUGAUUGUGGACUCCCUCUAGACAUCCCCUAUGGAUCGCCGAAAGCAGAGUUUGCAGAUAAAAUGGCCUUUGCUGUAGGGCUCACGGUGAAGUACGAUUGCCGGCCUGGGUUUAUACGAGUUCCAGGAGCUAAAAACUAUAUUACUUGCUUGGACAACUCUGAGUGGUCCUCCAAUGAUGAAUUCUGCCGACUAAGAGCAUGUGGAUAUCCCGGUGAUAUGGAAAAUGGAUAUUUUGAAGCAGAAAACUUCUUGUUUGCCUCUAGAGUAAAAUAUUACUGUGAUGCGGGGUACUAUAUGACUUCAAAAAGGUGUUACAGAGAGUGUCAAGCAGACGGAACAUGGAGUAACAGUGUUCCUGAAUGUGAAGCUGCAAUGUGCCCCCCACCUGAGACCAUUCCUAAUGGGACAUUUUACCCUGUGAAAGAAGAGUACUAUUUUGCAGAUGCUGUAAGAUAUGAAUGCAGUAACCCUAACAUGGUGAUGGAGUAUGACAGCUCUAUAUUCUGCAUGGAGAAUGGAAAUUGGAGUGAUCCUCAGCCGCGCUGUAUAGAAGUUAACUGUGAGUCCCCCGUUGUCCCGCACUCACGAAAGCUUUCAGGAUUUAUUGGUCCGUACAGAUUACAUUCGAUGGUGAGAUUUGAAUGUAAUAGAGGUUUUCAAAUGGAAGGAUCGGACACUAUCGUCUGUAAUUUGGAUAGUAGAUGGGAGCCAGCACCACCUGAAUGUAUAGGAGCAUUCUGUCCAGAGCCUAGACUGUUACAUGGAAAAGUAAUACGAGGGAAGAAAACUGAUGGAUAUAAAGUUAGGGAUUCAAUAACACUGGCAUGUGAUACAAAUUCUAAUCUAAAUGGUGCAAACAAAGUAACCUGUGGAAAUGAUUUCCAGUGGAAUCCCAAUUUGCCAACCUGUGAGCUGGAAAAUGGUUGCAGUUCACCAAAUAUUAGAAAUGGGCGUGUAACUCUUAAAAAUGGCAUCAGUUACGAUCCUGAAAUCCAUGGCCAUGGAUUCUCUUCUUCAGAUAAAAUUGAAAUCACAUGUGAUACUGGCUACAGACUUAGGGGACGCAGUGAGAGCGAAUGUGUUUACCAACAGAUUUCCAGGAUUCCUCUUGGCAUUGACCCACCUGAACCUUUACUUCAAGUUUAUGACAACCCACCUGAACCUUUACUUCAAGUUUAUGACAACCCAGUUUUCAGGGAAAUUCUUCCUGUCUAA